AAAAAGAUACACUGGUAUCCUUUUACUGUCGUUCUAGAGUUUCUGUACGCAAUACAUGACAUACAUGUGUAAGCGAUUUUGUUUUCAGCCCUCUUCGAAAGAGACACUAUGUAAGUGUCAUACGCUGUUCUUUAGAAUAUCGUAUGACACUUACAUAGUCUUAAUCGAUUUUAGUUUCACCCGCCGUUUUUAUCUUCUUGGUACAUGUGUUAUAUAGUUAUUUUAACAAAUUCAAUGAUGUAUCUUAGUUUAGUUUUAGUUUUAGUAAGUUAGCCCAUUUUAAUGAUAAAAUAUAAUGUCACAUCAAAUACGGAAUUAUGCUGGGCCGUUAUUAUGCCGCAAGAAAAAAAAUUUACCUUCCUCCCCCCGCCCCCGCCACGAAACAAACAUAAUUUUCUUAAUACUAUUGGUAACACAAAAGCGCAAGCAAUUUAAAAGACAAUCAAAUUGAGAUAACGACAGAUGACUUGUCGAACAAGCAAGAUUUUGAAAUUACAGUUCCUAAAUGAGUUACCAGUUGCUGAGUAUGAACAGCAUCAAGCAGUUGGCAGAGGGGGGGCCCCUGGCACUUGUAAAUUUUGUAGAGAGUUUUUGAGUUUGUAGAGAGCUCUAGAAAUGUCUGGAGGAGUUUGUAUAUGGAUUUGAAAUUCGCACUAGAGACGAGACACUCGCCUUUAGUAUGCGUGUUAAAAACACUAAAAGGUUAAACCAAAAUUGCUCAAAUGGCAUACAGUAGAGCUAGAACGAUGAGAAAAGGAUACCAGGUAAGGCUUUAAUGACUUUAUUUUCGCUUUGUAAGGGAAAAGCGGAGAUUGUUUUCAGAGUAUUUAACUAUAUAUCACCAUACGAACUCACAUAUAGAGCUCCAUAUUAACUCGACGAAUAAAAACAGCCAAUCAAAUAUCAACUGCAUGACAAGGAUGCUGCGAAUAUAUCUAGAGAAGCCAGAAGUUCACUUUUGAUGUUAUUUUGGUUGUCAGCGGGCAAUCAGAAUGUCUUAUUCGUAAUAUCCUUCGGCAGAAUAUGAAGAGUGAAAAAGGCAUAAAGGAGACCUGCUUGAAUUGGAUCAACUCCUUUGCUUUUCUCUCCUCCACCGACACUAGUUUCAAACACGGUGCAGUGUUGACGGUAAAUGAUGACAGACGACGAGUCUUUUUUGAGAAACCCUUGUGACGUCACGACCUCUGCUGGAGGAUUGCUGUCAUCGGAAGAACAUGGCUGACUGUCGGCGAGUGUUCUUGGAAUGCUCUGGUGAACAAGUUUUCACGCACAGAGAAUCCUUCAUUUGGUUGAAGUGAUCUUUGGAAAUACGAAAGCGCUCGGCAGAAGCCAUAUCGGCGUUUCGAUCUGUUCCAUGGCAUGAAGUUUAGGGAAUAAAUUAAAUUCUACAAAGAUGAACGAAACAGGCUCUCGACCUGGUACUGGAAUGACUUCACCACGACAUCCUACGCACCAAGCUGUAAUGGAUAGAUUACGCCAACGUUUCAGCCAGUACAGAAAGCAUCAUUAUGAUUGCCAGAAUAAAUAUGCGCAGUCGCUGCCAGCUGUCCAGGACUUGGAGAGACAAGAGGCAUCGAAUUUGCACAAGCGUGCUCUAGAAUGCCGCAAUAGAAUGAUGAAUAUGAACGGGAAGGCAUCAAAACAAAAUGACGGCGAAGGCAAAGUAGAACAGCAACAGCAAACGCCAAAUGGGCUCGAAAAGUCGACGAACGCUAUUUUCCAGAUACGCGAGCAGCAAAUCUUAUUGAAAAAGAGGAAACACGAGCAGAAUAUGAACAGUGCACAGAAUUCGUACGUACCAUCGAAUGACGACAACCUUGGAGGGGAGUGUGCCAAGUUUCAGAGACAAGACGGUGGUUUACUUCUACAGACUCAAUCAGCAGAAGGUCCCAACGCAGUCGUUUCGGUUAAUCAGCCGCAUCAGGUCGAUCAUACCUCAACGCAAGUGCAUCAGUCUCCUUUUCACUUGGGUAAUAAUUCGUUCGUCCACGAUGGUUCGAGAAAUGCAUCCAGAAUACCGACCACAAUCGGCUCAGAGACUUACGCCAGUAGAGGUCAGGGAUUGUCAUCCUCUUCGUUGGCAACUCCAGAUUUUAAACAGGAGAAAGCUGUAAUUGGUUCGUGCGAUGAACCCACACAUUCUAAUAAUGGUUCAGGGGCUGUGGUCAACGGAUUACCAGCAGGUGAAGAGUACAUUCGACAAGAGCUCAUCCAUUUUGAAAACGUUAUCAAACGCUUUAACGAGGAUAGUGCACCUGCGACUCCACAGCCAAUUUAUCAUCAAACCGCUACUGAAAGAGCUUCUAUGCCUAGUGUUGACGAUAAUAGAAAUCAGGUGCCAGUAACUCAACAGGGAAGUCACCAUCCACAAUCUCUUCAGCUGAAAGAGAUUGCCCGAAAGUCACAACUUGCUCAUGCUCAGCAAGUUAUGCCAUUCAUGGACAGCCAAGAUAGACCAAACCCACAAUAUCAACGACAGCAUACAACGCAGUAUACCUUAGGCCCAGCAGGCCAGGAGUCCCCCAGCAUACAACAUCCUUACUCAACUGGCAAGUAUCCUGAAGGUAUGUCAGUGAUUUCAAAUGACCAACAACAAAUACUGCAAGACCAAAACCACCAUAGGCAAUUUGAAUCUUUGCAGUAUCAAAGGGUUCUCUCAUCACAGUCACAGUUGAUGCAGCAACAGCAGCGACACCACCAACAAAAACAACAACCACCUUUUUAUGGCUUUUCUCAGGAAAGUUUGCCAUCUUCAAAACUAACCCACAUGCCAUCACAACUUCAACAGCUAUAUUCUCAGAGAUUUCCAAGUCAGCCUGUUCUGCCUACAUCACAGGGAACAGGAUUAGUUAGACCACUACCUUCACAUGAUUUAGCAAGGUACCCAAUGCCUAGGUCACAAGCACAAUAUCAGCGUCAAAGCUCAAUGCCGCCUUUACAGGGUCAAGCAUUCCAAAACUCUGAUUCACCAUACCAACAGCAAGGAGGUGGCUUCCAAGGAGACAUGCCUGGCUUUGCAAAUGCUGUAGACCUAACAAGUACUUACCAUUAUCAAAGGCGAAACUCUUUUCCAAUUUAUUACCGUAGUAAUAACCAACCUUUAGAAAAUUUUGCACGUGGUAUGCAACACAAUUUGGGAUCUAGUCAAGCCAGUCUUCUGAGAGGCGUUUUGCAAAAUCCUUCCCAAAAUACUCAAGGUGACAGAGACACCUUCUUAACUAAUCCUAACAUGAUUUUGCCUUCUUCUACUACUAUGCAAACAGCACCUCUUUUAACUGGAAGGCCCCCGUCAGCAAAUGGUGAUUUAAACUCUGGUGUUGCAAGGUCACAGAGUUCCUCCAUUGUGUAUAGAGGCAAUGUUCCUCACCAGCAACAGUCUAUAUCGGUUUUGCCACAUGGAGAUGAAUUUCAAACUUCAAAUAGUACAAGAAAGGUGACUUCUGAGAGCAGUUAUUCUGUUUCAAGUGGAACAUCUGUCCCAGCAGCAAGCAGUGAGACACAUUUUGGUGCACAUUCACCACUCAGUGCACUGGAUAAAGCACCCUCAUUUACCUCUCUUCUGGAGCAGUCUGCUAUUAAUCAAGGGAAUUUAGAAACCACAUACACUGGAUCAAUACCUAACUUGGAUUUGCUUGGAGAGCUUUUAGGUCAGUGAUGGUAAAAGCAGCGAUUUGCUGUGAAGAUCUGUGCUUGUUAUUGCUUGUAUUAUGUCCCAGACACGUUAGCAAUAGGUUAUUUUAGUUUCACUCUGUCAUGAGACAUUUUAAA